AUGGAGACGCUGAAGGACUCUGAGCUCUGCUUCCCUCAGCUCCUCAACGCCUCCUGCAUCAGGACCAAGCGUCCUCACCAUGAAGCUCUGCUGACCUACGUCCUGGUGGUCUCCAUCUCUCUGCUUACAACGUUUCUCAACCUGCUGGUCAUCGUCUCCAUCUCACACUUCAAGCAGCUCCACACCUCCACCAACCUCCUCCUCCUCUCUCUGGCCGUCUCUGACUUCUUCGUCGGCCUCCUCUUGUCCUUUCAGCUUGUACUGAUAGGCGGAUGCUGGUUCCUGGGGGACCUCAUGUGUUCUCUGUAUCAGUAUCUGGACUACGUUAUUUCCUCUGUCUCAGUUGGAAACAUGGUUCUCAUCUCCAUCGAUCGCUACUUGGCUGUGUGUCAUCCUCUGCUUUACGCCACCAAAGUCACACCACACAGAGUCCACAUGUGUGUGUGUCUGUGUUGGAUCUGCUCUGUGAUCUUCCAGACUCUGGUUCUGAUGGAUGUUCUGAGUCAACCAGGCAGGUUCAACUCCUGCGCUGGCGAGUGUGUGUUUGUCAUUAACCACAUUGCUGGAGUUGCAGAUGUGAUCUUUUCCUUCGUCGCUCCCAUCACCGUCAUCAUCGUUCUCUACAUCAAAGUGUUUGUUGUUGCUGUGACUCAGGCUCGAGCUCUGAGGUCUCACAUGGCAGCUGUUUCUGUCCAGCAUUCAGUGAGAGUCACAGCUCUGAGGUCUGAGCUGAAGGCAGCCAGGACGCUGGGUGUGGUCAUAGCUGUGUUCCUGAUGUGUCUCUGUCCUUAUUACUGUGUGGCUCUGACGGGACAAGACAACCUGAUCAACACCUCCUCUGCUGCUUUGUGUUUAUACUCCUUUAACUCCUGUCUCAACCCAGUGAUUUAUGCUUUUUUUUACCCCUGGUUUAGAAAAUCUAUCAAAGACAUUCUCACUCUUACGAUUUUGCAGCCAAACUCCUGUGAGCGCAACAUGUCAUGGAAAAACACUAAACAUGAAUCAGGUGAUAAGAAAUGA